UAAGUGUCAUUGCGACUGCCAAUCCUUGCUUUGCUUUGAGGUUAUUUUUACGCGCGGCGCGUAGAAGUGUAAAUAAAGUUACCUUUUAAUACCUAUUUCUAAUAUAAAAAUGCGUUUCGCUAUCAAACAAGCUACCUCUGGUGGUGAACGUAUCGGCACUUUAACGGGAUUUUUGAAAUCGCCUAGCACCAUACUUGAAACUCCAACAACAGCUUUACUGACUCAGGGUGGCAGCGUGUUACAUAUGACUGCUGAAGUACUAUCCAAAGUGUUUACAACUCCGCAACUGCUAUGGGUGCCAGUAUCAAACUCUCUGCAAAUGGAACCAGGCCUUCGAGCCCAAGGAGAGGGAGUUGCCAAGUUCACUGGUCUACCAGACCAUUUUGCUUGUGUAACACCACAUAACAUGAGUGAGGUAACUCCUUCAGGACAUUUUGAACUUAACAAAGUACCUCUUUGGACUAAGAAUGGAAAGAAAAUGGUUACUGCGGAGAGAUAUAUGGAUUUGAUGGAAGUUUACAAACCAGACAUAAUUUUGGCGAUUGCAGAUUGCCGUACGUCGCUUAACGAGGGGUACAAGAGAAUAUUGAAAUCUGUGGACAGGACCUGUAAUUUGAUGGAUAUCUGUGUGCAUCGAUAUAAGGCCUCAAAGCAGCUUCGAAAUAGUGCUCUCAUAGGUGUAGUAGUAGCGACUGGUGUACCAAAGAAAUGCCAGGAGUCAAUAAAACAUUUGCUGCAGUAUAAAGAUGACCUGAGUGGAGUAGCUUUAGCAGGAGUUACCGAUGGAACGGAAGAAUCCAUGAAGUUGGCAACAGCAAAGAUUGAAAGCAUUUUCAAAACUGUUGGUGACGCACUGCCAAAGCAUUUGUUAAGAAUAGUAGAAGGUUGCUGGAACCCAGCAAUCAUUAUGUCGGCGAUAGAGCACGGCUGGGACGUGUUCGAUGGCUCAUAUCCCACUAAACUGAGCAACGCGGGCCAUGCAUUAACGCUCAACUUCGAUACAAAUCGAUAUAGUGCUGAACCGUGCAUCUUAGAUCUCAUUGACGAAAGGUAUAAGGAAGAUUUUACGCCAGUAUUACAAGGAUGCGAAUGUUUGACUUGUAAGAAACAUACGCGGGCUUAUAUACGCCAUCUUUUGAAUACUAGGGAGAUGCUUUCGUCAGUUUUAUUGAGCAUCCACAAUCUCCAUCAUUUCGACCAGCUAUUCCGCCACGCCCGCCAGCAUAUUGCAGCAAACACAUUCCAAAUAUACAAACAACAUAUUACCAAACAGUAUGAAACUCUUAAACUACCUCAAACUACCAAUGGAGUCGACGAGCUAAAAGAUUCCGAUGUUAUAGACGGAACGGACCAUGUAAAGAAGAGACUGCGAGUGAGUGACGAUGAAAUUCCUACUAUUAAAGUAGCUAAUGGUAGAAUUUCGUAGAAUAACGUUACUGUACUGUAAAAUCGAAUUUAGUUGUAGAAUGUACCAUGUAGUACCACCAAGUAGCUUUUGUGUAUCGUGUUUUUUGACUGGCAAAAUAAGGGUUAAACCUAAAACUUUUCUAAAAAAAGUAAGGAAGUAGGUAUGAUGUAUUGAUUAUAAUAAUUUGGAUUCUCAUUUUCUCGAAACUUUGGUAGCAAAAUUUUUUAAUUAUUAUUUUGUUAAACUAUGAUUAAUUAUUUAGCCAAUUAUGCUUAAUUCAAAGCACGGCGUCAAACAGGCAUGACUUGCAUUUAUUAUAUCCAUGAUGCAUUUGAACACUUCUGCCAUUUUGUUGUAUAUUGUACGUCACGGGAUGUGAUCCUUGCCUCGCACCAAUGUCUUCUGUUUGGAGAUAAAUUAAUAUUAUUUUAGUUUAAAUGUAGUUAGAAAUAUUACUUGAUAAGUGAAAAUGCGUCAUACGAAAUAACAUGCGAUAGGGGUAAUUAUUUAACUUAGUUUAAUUAUGUGAUUUAGAACCAAAAAUUUAUACUGAUUUUGUGAUCCUAGGAUAAUGUUGGCUUUAAAAUUCUUUAGGGUUCCGUAGUCAUUUGAAACAAUAAAACCACUAUUUUUUUUGGUAAGCACGCGUGAAUCUGUCAUGAACAAGUUCGUUAUCUGAUACUCAUUGUCAUCUACACGCAUAUAAUACAAAUCCUAAAUUACUGUCCAAAAGCAAAUAUUCAAAGCAAAAAUUUGAAUAUUUUUAUUUAAAUCUUUUAUCUCACUGUAGCUGACUACGGAGCUCUGUCCUGCGUGUGAUCCCUCACAUACCUAACCGAUCGUUUUUGAUAUUAUGUAUAUUUUGGUGAAAAAACGAUCAAAAUUACUUCUGAAAAUGUUGCCCUUUCAAUUUAUCAUUUAGGUAAUAAUAAUACGAGUAGUUAUAUCUACCUCGCUCCUUGAGAUUUAGUUGUUUUUUGAAACGUUAAGUUUUUCACGUUAUUUUUUUUUAAUACAGCUCGACCUCGUUGAAAAUGGGGAAAAUAUACACGUGUUAAGUUUAUCAAAGCCUUGAUAUAUCGAUUGCAUUGAUAACGAAAAAGAUACGAAUAGAACAAUGACUGCAAUUAAGCGAUAUAUUUUUAUAUCUUUUAGAUCGUAUUAAAACCAAUUGCCAAUUAUUGACGGCCCUAAUUUGAAUUCCGCGUUUCAUAUGAAUUGCUCAGUUACUGUAGAAUUGUUUUUAUUUUGGUUUAAAAAAUAAGGUAAGUAUUUUAAAACGGUCAUAUUAUGAAUCAAGCAGCGUUUGCUGGAUGUUAUUAUAUUUUCCAUUUCUACGUACGUGUGUACUUAUAUGGGCUAGCGAAUAUUUUUUUGAUAGAACCGAAACCCCGGACAUGUUAUAGUUAAUUUUAUUAUUUAUACUUAAGAAACUUUCAAUAAUAAUUAUUUAAGUUUAUUUAAAUAUUUAAUACACAAAUAGAACUGUUCACAACAGUGUGGCUGUAACUAGCGUUAAUAACUUAUGUUAUUUAUUAUUAUAUUUAUUUAUAAGACUAAAAACUACGCUGGAAGACGAAUAAUAUGUUAUACAUUGUUGCAAAUCAUCAAUGUAAUGUCUGAAGGCCGGCUUACAUCGAUUACUGCAGAUAAAAGUGUUAUGCCAUUUUUAAGUAAUAAUUAAGUCCUUGAUUUAUAUUAAUUGGCAUUAAUAUGAGGAAGUGGAGGUGUAAUAAUGAUAAGAUUCUUAAAUCCUUUUCAAUCAUAAGGUGCCUAUUCAUGAAAGAAUUUUCAAGUUUUUUUUUCUAUGCACCCGUGAAUGUCAGCUGAUUAUAAGUUAUGUAUUCAUAGACUAUAUUAUGUCAAUGUCAAUCCCGAUUGCUCUGCACGGGUAAAGCAUAUUGUCAUCCUAUAUUCGGUGUGGCCUAGCCUAAAGAUCACUCUUCAGGCUCGUGAUUUCUUACCCCAUAAUAGUUAAAGCGUGAUGAAUAUUCAUAGUAGGUAUAUAUUUUCCGCCUGUAUGCCGUAUGUGUAGCUUAAAUUGUUAUAGUACAAUAAACCAAGUGAUUAUGUA